CACUCCUCCCCGUCUGUGUGUAAGCCCCACGCCACUUGGCAUUCCCCGAGUCUCUGUGUGUGUGCUUGGGUGCGCACUUGCAUGCCUACCAGCAGCUUUGCCCUGUCCUGGCUUCACUCAUGCUACUGGCAGCACUGCAUGCCCGUGUGUCUGUGUGUGUGUGCACACACGUGAGAAGAGAGGAGCGAGGGGAGGCAAGGCAGACACACUUAUAGGAAGUGCCAGCAGCCGAUGCCCGGUGUGAAAGCAAACUCUGUCAUCUCUUGGAGUGCUGCAAGUGGACAAACUGCCUGACAUAAUGCCAAGUUUUGAUGAGGUUUUGAAGGAAGCUGGUGAAUUUGGAAGAUUUCAGAAGAGGGUCUUCUUCCUCCUUUGCCAGACUGGCAUAACUUUUUCUUUCCUGUUCACCAGUGUGGUUUUCCUUGGGCAAGCACCAGGCAGCUACUGGUGCAGGAUCCCUGGGGCAGCUGAACAAAGUGAGCUAUGUGGCUGGACACUGGAAGAGGAACGAAACUUCACAGUACUGCCCCUGCAUCUUGGGAACAGGUCCUCCGGCGGGGAGUGUGAGAGGCUGGAUGUCGUGUGGGACACCUCCGUCAGCUGUGCCAGCCCACUCGCCCACUACAGCAAUGGCAGCACGGGCUACCUGCCGCUCACCACGUGCCAUGAUAACUGGGUGUACAAACAGCCCCACUCAUCCAUCGUUAGCGAGUAUAACCUCGUGUGUGGCAACGCCUGGAUGCUGGAUCUCUCACAGGCUGUCCUCAAUCUGGGGUUUCUGGCUGGCGCGUUCACCCUGGGCUAUGCUGCAGACAGAUAUGGCAGAAUCCUCACCUACCUGCUCUCCUGUCUCGGGGUUGGGAUAUGUGGUAUCAUAGUGGCAUUCGCACCAAACUUCACUGUAUUUCUGAUCUUCCGUUUUCUCCAAGGCGUGUUUGGCAAGGGAACCUGGAUGACAUGCUAUGUGAUUGUGACAGAGAUCGUUGGUUCUGACCAGCGGAUUGUUGGGAUUGUGAUACAGAUAUUCUUCACGCUGGGAAUUAUGAUUCUCCCUGGAAUUGCAUACUUGAUUCCCACCUGGCAAGGGAUCCAGCUGGCCAUAUCACUGCCCAACUUCAUCUUCCUGCUGUACUACUGGGUGGUUCCUGAAUCUCCACGUUGGCUCCUGACACGCAAGAAGGGAGAGAAAGCAUUAAAAAUCAUGCACACCAUUGCAAAGCACAAUGGGAAAUAUCUCUCACCACAUUACUCAGAGAUCACUAUUAACAAUGAGGAGGUCAGCAACCCCUCCUUUCUCAGCCUGGUGAGGACUCCCCGGAUGAGAAGGAACACCCUCAUCCUCAUGUAUGCCUGGUUCACAAGUGCCCUGAUCUACCAAGGGCUCGUCAUGCGCCUAGGAAUUGUUGGAGGAAACCUCUACCUAGACUUCUUCAUCUCAGCAGCUGUAGAGCUGCCUGCUGCUCUCCUAAUUUUAGUGACAAUUGAUCGCAUCGGCCGUCGCCUUCCUUUUGCAAUAAGCAACAUUGUGGCGGGGAUUGCAUGCCUCAUUACUGCCUUUUUGCCAGAAGAUAUCCUAUGGCUUAAAAUGACAAUUGCCACACUGGGAAGACUGGGCAUCACGAUGGCUUUUGAAAUUGUCUAUCUUGUGAACACUGAAUUGUACCCUACGACACUGAGAAACUUUGGUGUUUCCCUGUGCUCGAGUUUGUGUGACCUAGGAGGGAUCAUAGCCCCAUUCCUGCUUUUCCGAUUGGCAGCCAUUUGGUUGGAGCUACCUCUAAUAAUUUUCUGUAUUCUCGCAGUUGUCUGUGGGCUCCUGGUACUCCUUUUACCAGAGACAAAGGGAAUCUCCUUACCAGAGACAGUGGAGGAUGUGGAGCAGCUUUCAAGUCAUUUUGGUAAAUGUGGCAAGAAACGGAAACACCGGGAUACCAACUCAUAUAUUUGAACUUUGAAGGACAGCACUAAGCUAAGAACCAUGUUCCUAUGAUGGGAAUUUGUUCUCCACCUGCCAUCACUUCAAAAUUUGCAGAGUAUGGUUUAAAUUCCAUGUUCUUCUUCUAAACAUAAGGACAUUUAAAACAAGUAGUGUAUUUUUCUAUAAAUAUUAAUAAACUCUUUUUUUUUUUUCUGAGUGCGCAGUUUGCAGGAAGAGAGCACUCUCUGAUUCUUGGUAGAGAACAGAACAGCUUUAAAAAGAAGCGCUAUCCAGCUCAGUGAGCUCUUAUUUAUUUCUUCACCUAUUUGAGUCAUUUGUUUAUUUCUGUUGUUAACAUAUACCUUUGGGUGGGGAGGGUUUAACACAGUAUUGCUCUUUCAAGAUCUGAUGGCUUUGAGGAGGAGAGGAUGAGUAUUUCAACCUGUUCUCCUUUGGCUCUGGGCAAUCCAGAAAAACAGAAGAUCUGGUGGCUUAGGAUGGAGGCUGCUAAACAGGGAAGCUCUUCCUUUGGUUAGGAGGGAUGGGAAUCGGUGGUGUGCAUCAGGACACCCUUGCCCUGAUCUGAUUCUCCCCUCAGUGAGCUUUUGCCAAAAAAACCCUGCUUCCCUCCUUCUUCAAGGGCUGCCUGAAAUGGGGGAGCAGUCCUCUUCUCCUUUGCAAGGCUUUAUGUAGGUGUCACAUCCUACACAGAGCAUUAGGUCUGCAGAUCAGAUUGUCCUUGCCUCCCUCCAGACCCAACUGUGGUUCAUGUGACACCCCAUCAUCCUGCCUCAUGGCCAGGGACUCAAUAUCUCCAAGGGAAGGGCUUCUGCCUGCUCUCCCUUAUCAGGUGUUUUUCCAGCCCUGCCUUUCAAGAACAUGCUGAUUUUUUUCAUUCUAAAAUAUGCUCUCUGGCCAUCUAUACAAACCAAAUUCUCUCUCCCUGUCCACUGCCAGGAUGACUUGCAAUUUCUGUCUUUUGUCCAUCAUUAUUUGUCAUCUUUCUGUCUUGGGGAUAAACGAUUUGGGUUGUUGACAGGGAUGUUAAGCUGUCUUGGAAAGAUGGACAGGAAUGAGAGAAGAUCUUUGUUUAUGGAGUUAAAGGUUAACUGGUCCUGAUUGCUUGAAGCUGAUGUGUAACAGAAGAGCUUGAGUCUGUGCCUUUGCAAGCAGAUAGCAGGGACAACCUGCCUUCCAUUUCAGCUGUAUGACCUUCUUCAUUAAGCGCUGGGUCCUUGUCACUGACAGGUGAAUAAUACACUCCUUACAGUGAAGGACUCGAAAAGAUGUGGUGCUUAAAAGGCAUCUGUUACCAAAAGAGAAUUAAAUAAACAGAAGAAAGCC